UUUUCACCCACAGGGCAUCUUUGUUUUUUCUCCUAUUAAUCUUGGCUCUCUCCUCCUCCUUCCCCAUUGAAGCCAUGAAGGUCCAUCCAAUCCCCAAGAGGCGCAACAUCUCCAUCCAGUACCAUUCAAGAAGCCCACUCUCUGAAGCCCAGGCCCUCCUCGGUCUCACCCACAAGAAGCUCCGCCGCCUCCCCCAUGUCUUCAGCCGCGUCCUCGAGCUCCCUUUCCGCUCCGACGCCGACGUCCUCAUCGAGGAGAACCCCGACUGCUUCCACUUCGUCGUCGAAACCGAGAGCUUCGGCCACGACGUCAGGGCCCACACCGUCGAAAUCCACCCCGGGGUGACCAAGAUUGUCGUCAGGGAAAGAGGGUCCGCGGCGGAGCUGACGUUGGACGAGCUGGAGCUGGACAUGUGGAGGUUCCGCCUGCCGGAGUCGACCCGGACGGAGCUGGCCAGGGCGGUUUUUGUCGACGGGGAGCUCAUUGUGACGGUGCAGAAGAUGGAGGGGAUGGAGAAUUCGGAGGGCGGAGAUGGUGGGGAGGUUUGGGGCGGUGGUGGUGGGAAUGGGAAUGAGGGUUCAGAGGAGGUAUGGGAAAUCGGCUUGUGCUUGUACAUUUCAGCUGCAAAUCUGGGUUUUCAGAUUUUGAUAUUUUGGGGCUGA